AUGGUGAAGCGAAAGCUUGGACGUGAGUCCACGUCCUCUUACUCGCAUUCUACCGGGCAUCGCCAUGACUAUCGCAAUAACAAUAACAAUAGUAAUAGUAAUAAUAAUAGUAAUAAUAGUAAUAAUGGUAAUGACCAGUCUCCGCCACCCCAUCGGAAACAUGGCCAUCGAUCACGGUCUCCUCCUAUGCGCUUUAAAAAUGAUAAAUCACCUUCAGGAUACAAAGAUCGGUCUUCUUUUGCUUCUCGCGUUGAUGACAGACAAUCAAAUAAUAAUAAUAAUCAUAAUAACAAUGGCUAUAGAUCCUACAAUAACCAUAACCGCCAUCAAAAUUUUCACCAUAAUCGUAGCAACAACCACAACAACCACAACAACCACAAUAAUAACCACAAUAACCACAACAACAACUACAACAACAAUAAUCCACAAAAAUCACCUGUUCGCUCUAUCUCAUUUCAAAAUGGAAAGCUUUCUAGUAGCUUGGAUACUUCUGCAAAUAACGCAGACAACUCUGAAGAUUACAAAACUAGAUCUUCCUCAGCUCCUGAGUUUGAUUCUCAAAAACCAUCUCAGCAACAAAAACCUAACUAUCGUAGAGAACAACAACGUUACAUUCCACGGCAAAAACGAUUGCAUUCAGCCAUGGAAGGCGAAGAAUCUAGUGGUUCUCGGAAAGAAAACGUUCAAAUUGAAUCUCAGCCUAUAGACCCCCCCUUCAAACUUUAUGAUGACAACCAUUAUGAUGACAACCAUUAUGAAGAUACCUCUGAUGUCCCAACAAAACACAAUGGGCUUUCCAAUGGCCAUAAUGAAACCAAAUCCAAAGGUGACAAUGACAGCAAUGAAAAAAAUAAAAAUUACAACAGUGAUCAUGAUGACUACGAUGAAGAUACCCGGCCCUAUAAGAAACGUGGCAACAAUAACAGCAGAAAUGCAUCUCGUGUAGAGCCUCAAUCAUCAUCACCUGCACAAGAUCCUCCCCAUUCACCCUCUUCUUCUGUGUCUCCACCACCACCCCCUUCACAUAAGUACACCCAAAAGAGAACACAAGAACCAUCUUCGCCUGCAGACUCUACACCAAAUAACAAUCAUAAUGAUCAUGAUCAUGAUCAUGACCAUGAUCAUGGCCAUGACUAUGACGACGACGACAACGACGACUCUAGGCCCAGUUAUAAUCGUUUCAAUAGGUCAGGCAAUAGUACCAGAGAUCACAAACACUCAGACAGAUAUAAUGACCGGGGUUCGGACAAGUACGAUAGGUAUAACAAGAACAGAGACCAGAGAGACCAGAGAGACCGCCGAGAUCAUCGGUAUCAUGAUCGAGACCGCAGCCGGGACCGUGAUCGAGAUUCACGAUCAUAUAAUAACCAUAACAAUGGUAACAACAAAUUCAAUAACCGCAAGGACCGGUCAAAGUCUCCAACACUUGUGUCGAUGCGUCGCCGCUCAUCUUCACCUGGGGACCGUCGGCGACCCCAGCAAUAUGGUAGCGACAAGGGUAAAAAGAACAACGACGAUACCAAUAAUCCAGAGUCUCCUGAACCUGAAAAAAAGGGUCGGUACGACAAGGCUCCGCCGAGUGGACCUAGCUCGUGGCGGUUACGUGGUGGGGACCAAAAACAACAAAAACAACAACAUUACCACCACCAGCAAAAUUUCAAAGGUUUGGCAUCUCCGCCACCUUUACCCCAAACUUUUACGGAUGAUUUGCCUGAUGGAGCAGACGAUGAUUCGGACCACGAAAGUAACCGGCGCUCAAAUGGGAAGCGCAUCACACAUCAGCCAACUCGUGGGUUGUCUGGGAACAACAGUAAAUUUAAAAGGACCAUGACCCCUGUAGCCCCAGCAGGGUACUCCAGUUUAGCCACCGAAAGCUCAUUCCUUGAGUACCGUGUUGAUUCCGUGUUUAAACGAAUUUCCCAGGUUGGCGAGGGAACUUAUGGCAAGGUGUACAAGGCGGUCAACACUAAGACGCAAAAUAUGGUUGCGCUCAAGCGGCUGCGACUGGAAACAGAGCGUGACGGCGUCCCGAUUACGGCCGUGCGCGAAAUCAAGUUGCUGCAACUCUUGCGGCACCACAAUAUCGUACAGCUGCAGGAAAUGAUGGUUGAGCGAAACCAAAUCUUUAUGGUAUUUGAGUACUCGGACCAUGAUCUUGCGGGCGUGCUGUCGAUUCCUGGGCUGCGCUUGACUGUUGGGAAUGUCAAGUUUUUGUUUCGGCAGGUCAUGGAAGGCCUCAAGUAUGUACACCACUGCGGAGUGUUGCACCGAGACAUUAAGUGCUCCAAUAUUUUAGUUUCAGCUGACGGCGUUGUUAAGCUUGCAGACUUUGGUCUUGCGCGCCAGGUGGACGUGCUUAACCCGGAUGCCAUCUACACCAACCGCGUGAUUACACUAUGGUACCGGCCCCCUGAGCUUCUUCUUGGAGCCACCAAGUACGGGGCUGCGGUUGACAUUUGGGGGAUGGGGUGUAUUUUGGUGGAGCUUUUUACGCGGGUUGCAAUAUUCCAGGCAAACGAGGAGGUGAGCCAGUUGCUUGCGAUUUACAAGACGAUGGGUACGCCGGACCAAAACGAAUGGCCGGAGGCAGAGCAGCUGCGGUGGGCCAAGGUGCUGGCACCGUCGCGGUCGUUGCCGUCACGGUUUGACGAGCGGUACCGCGGCAGGGUCCCUGAAUCUGCACUGGCGUUGGCACGUGAGAUGCUUGCACUCAACCCUGCACGCCGAGUGUCAGCCAGUGAUUCACUGUGCCACCCGUUUUUAGAGCAAGGACCCAAGGAUGAGAAACCACCGCAGCUGGCUGAUCUGUCUGGUGAAUGGCACGAUUACGAGGCCAAGCGACGGCGGCGCAAGGCGCGCGAAGUGGUUAAGCAAAAGGAGCGCGAGAAGCAGCGGGAAUCUGAAAAGUAA